AUGUAUGACCGAGCUCCAAGGGAGACCAUCUUCGCCACGGCUCUGGGCAGCACAGGACCCAGCGUGGGCCCAGCUUCCUACAAUGCGUGCGGUCACAAGUACUACUGCAUCUCUAAGGAAGGAGAUGGAUAUGCUCCCUUUAUGUCUUUGGCAAACCGUGAUUCUAUAUUCAAUGUUCCUGGUGCUCUCCUGUCUCCAGGCCCACAGCACUAUGACAUUAUUCCAGUUCAGGAACACAUCAAAGGAGGGCAGAGCAUGAAGAACAAGGAGGCUCGCUUCAAAACUGUUGGAGAUGACCUUCCAGGGCCUGGCACCUACAAUAUCUCCCCCAUGCGGUUAGCUGAGAAAUCGAUCAAAUCAUUCAAACCACAUUGCACAGCAGUGUCAAGCUUGUCAGUCAGUGUCCCAUCAAUCCCUUCAUCAAAUCAGUCAUAUGGCUAUGAAGAAGCUGAAGAUGGAGCUCUCUCCAGGCACUUGCCCCCUUCCAAAGAUGGGAGCCUUGGUCCUGCAUAUUACAAUCCACAAUAUAAUGAGCCAUACCCCACUCGGCAGUAUAAAGGAGUGCAUUUUGGUAACCGCACAUCGAAACGGAUGGAAUUUAAAGUUCGUGAGGGCCCUGGACCUGGGACAUACGAUCUCCUGAAGGACAAUGCCGUUUAUUGUGAAAACCUGAACAUGAAGAAUAAAGAUCAGAAAUACGAAUCUCACAUCCCCCGAUACCUUGAUGCAGUUGUACAAGAGGAGGAAAAGAAGGGCUUCCCUGGACCGGCAAAAUACGAAAUAAAAGGCCUGUUUGAUGAGAAGACCUGCCGUUUUGAUAAACAUCCACCAUUCUUGUCCCAGACUAAGUGGAAAGUGUUUCUGAUUUCAACAGGUCCGGGCACCUACAACAUCACGAACCACACUCUGGCUCGAGAAAGUGAAAGGAAAGCCAGUUUUGAGAACCCAUUAAGAGGAGGAUUUGGAUCAUCAGCUCCCCGUUUGAAAUCUGCCAACUCAAAACAAAGCAUGCCAGGUCCAGCUGAUUAUAAGAUUCAGGAAAAAAGUCACCACUUUCACAGAAAACUGAGAACUUCGUCCUUUGCUUCGAUGACAGAGAGACUUCCUGUUACAGGACCCCAGGAUCACCCGGCACCAGGUUCCUAUGAAGUGCACAAGUCCUACGAGAGGACCCAAGGAAGAGGAUGCAGCACCUCAAGUGAAUUUACAUGCAACUCUUUCCUGACCACUGUACCACGGAGUUUCAACAUAGCUCGGCAGAGUGCAGAUGAACCUGGACCUGCUGCAUACAAACCCACUCUCAAGACCGCACCCACAACGGCAUCAAUGGUUUCCAAGCAGCCACGGUUUAAAGACCGGAACAUUCACACUCCUGGUCCUGCAGACUAUGAGCUCAGCCCCUCUAUCAUGGACACUGUUCUGAAGGGUACGUUCAAUGCUACUUUAAUUAACCCACUCCUGAACUCGCUGCCAGUGCCAACGCAUCCUGACCCGCCAUUAUUCCAGGACAUCUGACCCAGAUCUGACUUUCAAAUCAUGUCAAACGCUGCUGCCUGGGUCAGGAGACAGUCAAUGGUAUUUUAUUUCCUGCCUGUGAUUCCUCAGACUAAGGUAAACAGAUGAAGAGAAGUGGAGUAUUUUUUGAGACAAAGAGAAACAUACACUGACUCACCACGGCUCUUAAAGAAACUGCCUUAAAGUGCUUCAAAUGGAAGAGAUUCUUCAAAAAGAAACAGCUGUUCCACGUAAGCUUUCAGCGUUGUCGUAAUUUAAUGCAGAUUAUUUCGCCUGUUUGCACCCAUCUGACAGAUCUUGCAAUUGAAAUGGACCAGUCAGAACCACAGUACAGAAACAAGACUGUAGAUGGGACGUUGAUCUUUUUUUCUGAUGUUGCUAUUAGUUAGUCUUCCAUGUCAUUAUCCAGGAACAAAACUAAUAAAUAAAUUGUGUCUCUCUCA